AUGGGGAUGGGGAUGGAUGUGCUGGAUGCAUUCGCCUCUCACCCUAUGCAUGUACCCCCACGGUCCUGUGCAAACUGGGGCCGAGGAAAAGCCAGUACAAAAGACAUGGGCGUGGGGAGGAGCGCCAGUCUGGUCCGGGGAAGGCUGCAGGCACCACCUCUAGCGCACCUCUCCGAAGCGGCAGCAGCCAGCAACUCAACGCACAGCACUCCAGCCAUGGAAUCUCACUCCAAUUGCAGCUGCUGCUAUUGCACUGAUUUCAACAACUUGGAAGGGCCAGUGAAGGAGGAAACACUUCAGGAUUCACAGCCUAGCUUGAGCUCCACGAUUUUGGCGGGAGCCGACUACGGGGAAAACACAGAAUUAGACACAAGUGAUUACUCCAACUUUGGAGCUGAUACUCAGAUCACCUUGGCCUCGACAUUUCUCGAAGGAACAAAUGACCAGGAGAAUGGGGGAUUCGAACCCUUAAGUGAAGAAGCCGAUGUCCCUGAUGAAGAAGCAACGCGAGCCUGGGAUGAGGUCGAAAACCUUGGGGUUGCAGGCGGCUUCCAGGAGCCCAACAUUCCAGUGGAGAAGGAGGCUGUUGCCCCCAAGCCACCAUCUUCCCUGCCACCCCUGCCGCUGAUUCCUCUGCAGCCCCCGCUGCAGCCCCCACCGGAGCCCCCGAAACAGCCCCCGCCGCUGCCCCCGCCACGGCCUCCGCUGCCGCCCCCGCCGCGGCCUCCGCUGCGGCCCCCGCCGCAGCCCCCGCUGCCGCCCCCGCCGCCGCCCCCGCCGCCACCCCCGCCGCAGCCCCUGCUGCAGCCCCCGAUGCAGCCCCUGCCUCAACCGAAGCGCCGCCGCUACCGCAUCUCCUUCACACCGCUUCAACUGCAGGAGCUGGAGGCCUGUUUCCAGCGCAUCCAGUACCCCGAUGUGUAUGCUCGAAUGAAUCUUGCCAGACGCCUGGGUUUGCCUGAAUCCAGAGUGCAGAUUUGGUUCCAGAACAGAAGGGCCAAGUGGAGACAACUUCAUCGGGCACAUAUAUACAGAAACAUGAUUCCAGUGGCCAUGAGUCCCCCUGUGGGCAUAUACAUGGAUGACCAUUAUGGUCCCAUCCCUAUUGUAGAGGUUAUUUGGAAAUAUCACCCUGUGCUGCCACAGCCACUGGAUCCUCAAAUUCUGCCUCUUCCACCUCAGGCCCCUCCCCUAUUCAGGAUGCCUAUGCCACCUAGGCCACCCCCUCCACCUCCAUUUCCCUGGCCACCUGUGCCACCUGAUGUUCAAAUGCCACAUGCAGCUAUGGGAUAUGACCCCGCCCGAAAUGGUCGGUUUGCAGGUCCUUCACACUGAAGUGUACAUCAGCUUUCCCAAAGUGUUUUCCAAUAAGAUCUGUACUGUUCAUAGACAUUGUUAAGAGUUACUUAUGAAAUACCUGUUAAAUGAAAUUGUGUGCAAAGUUGGUGCCUUAUCCUCUGUAUAGUCAUGAUUUUAUGUUCAAUAAAAGUUUGGUUUAGCAGCA